CAGCAGUGCAAUGAACUUCAACAACAACAAUAAGAACGGAGUAAAACCUUGGUUGCGAGACGCGGCAGAUCGCGUCAUUGUGCCGUGACCUGAAGGAGUAACCUCCACCAACUAUGCCUGAACAUUUUCGUCGACAGAAAGUGCGCUUCCACGAGCAGAACGAAGAGGUCCUCCGUCGCCCGUUUGACGACGAAUAUUCUGUCAUGGCACAUUUUUCGGACCAUAUCGACAUGUGCCGACUUUGCAUCGUACCUUUUCAAAAUGACAGAAAUCCUAUGUUGUGUCGAGAAGGCUACCUCCUCAGCAAAGACGUCUGCCGUUAUGUCGGGCUGAGGAAUGGGAGCGUGAUCUCCGCCAUAAGUUCACGGUCGCCACUUGAGAUCGCAGUUCCUCCGAGGUUUGCGAUCAUACGAAGACUCCUUACUGCUCGUCCACGGGACUUAAAGUCGCAGGGAGUAACCGAUGGAGAGAUGCCAAAGAGUCCACCUGAAUCCAGGCACGCACCUCACCAACGAUCAGUGGAAUACGUCACGAUCUACCUCAAUCUUCCCGCUUUAAAGAUCCCUCUACAUAUCCGCCGUGCAGACCUGCAAAAUAUGUAUACAACCUAGAGUCUUCCAGUAUGGGGCGCGGAUAAUACCAUGCCUGGCAAGGCCCUAAAAUGCAAGAGCAGGAAGUACGGGUCUAGGGAAGAAACGAAAAGCGUGAAAGGCUUGGACGUCUCUAUGAGUAUAACAAAGCACUCUACUCAGUUGCGUUCGAUGGCACUGUGGUGCCUAUUAUCGAAUUAAGUGCCACACUAGCCGCUUGAGCAACCUGCAUCAUCAUCUCGCUGCCAUUCUCACUUUCCUGCAGCGCUUUUUGUAAGUCAGUCAGUUUGGAUUCAAUCCGAGAAAUGCUGUGACAGCAUUGAUCAACUUUUUUUCGCAGCUCCUCAAUUUGACGGGUUUGCCUGGGGCGGAAGAGAAAAGUCAGUGGAUAAACACGGC